CCUCUAGAACUUCUGCAUCUAGAAUCUGCCCUUUAAGAGCUUUCUGGUUUCUAGUUUUAAUCGAACUUCGGAAUAUCUCAAUCAUAGGUCUUCUGUAACUUGUUGUCAAGAUGGUUUCAGGCGGUGGUGCCGCGGUUUACGAUGUCGCACUCAAGCGGCGUGAAGCCCUCAUGGGCAGCAGUGGACCUCUCGCAAUUGUCAAGAACUUCAAGGUGUUUACCAUAGCUCUGUUCGCUUGUAUUGGAGGACUCUUGUACGGUUACAACCAGGGCGUUUUCUCUGGAGUGCUGGCCAUGUCGAAUUUCAAACAGCACAUGGGCGAGUACGAUAACGACCUCGAGAAAGAUGCAUCAAAGAAGGGAUGGUUGACUUCAAUUCUCGAACUUGGAGCCUGGCUCGGCACUCUGCUAAGUGGUUUUAUCGCGGAAUCGCUCUCAAGAAAAUAUAGUAUUAUCGUUGCAACCACUGUUUUCAUUCUCGGCGUAAUCAUUCAAGCCACAGCCGUUACUGCCGGCCACAACUCGAUUCUGGCUGGCCGAUUCAUCACUGGAAUGGGUGUUGGAUCCCUAUCCAUGAUUGUUCCCAUGUACAACGCCGAGGUUGCGCCUCCCGAAGUGCGCGGCUCGCUCAUCGCACUGCAACAGCUCGCCAUCUGCUUUGGCAUCAUGAUAUCGUUCUGGAUCGACUACGGCACAAAUUUUAUGGGCGGAACUGGCGAAUCCCAGUCGAAGGGCGCAUGGCUCACACCUAUCUGUUUGCAGCUUUUCCCAGCGAUCGUACUCUUGGUCGGAAUGGCUUUCAUGCCGUUCUCUCCGCGUUGGUUGAUCCACCACAACCGCGAGGACGAGGCUAGGACCGUCCUCGCCAGUCUCCGUGGCCUCGAGGAAGAUCAUGAGCUGGUUGAGAUUGAGUUCUUAGAAAUCAAGGCGCAGAGUUUGUUCGAGAAGCGCACUACCGCAGAGCAUUUCCCUCACCUGCGGGAGCUGACACCUAUGAACACUUUCAAGCUGCAAUUUGUGGCAAUCGGGUCUCUCUUCAAGACCAAGGCCAUGUUCAAGCGUGUCAUCGUUGCGACAGUUACCAUGUUCUUCCAACAGUGGACUGGUAUCAAUGCAAUCCUCUACUACGCGCCCACCAUUUUCAAAGACCUUGGACUCACCAGUGUCACUGUUUCGCUCCUCGCAACCGGCGUUGUCGGCAUCGUCAUGUUCAUCGCCACCAUCCCUUCAGUCCUCUACAUAGACCGCGUCGGCCGUAAGCCCGUCCUUACUAUCGGUGCCAUCGGCAUGGCAACCUGCCACAUCAUCAUCGCCGCUAUCGUCGCCACUUACCGCGAUUCCUGGGAGACGCACAAGGCCGCCGGCUGGGCUGCUGUUGCCAUGGUCUGGUUGUUCGUAAUUCAUUUCGGGUACUCAUGGGGCCCCUGUGCCUGGAUCAUCGUCGCUGAGAUCUGGCCGCUCUCUAAUCGCCCAUAUGGUAUUGCGCUUGGAGCGUCGAGCAAUUGGAUGAAUAACUUCAUCGUCGGACAGGUGACUCCCAGCAUGCUCUCCAGCAUCUCAUACGGGACGUACAUCCUCUUCGGCCUUCUGACAUACAUCGGCGCUGCGUUCAUCUGGUUUUACGUCCCGGAGACGAAGCGACUGACCCUCGAGGAAAUGGACGUCAUCUUCGGCUCACCAGGCACGGCCCAGGCGGAUAAUGAGCGUAUCGAGGAGAUUAAUCGUGAGAUUGGCUUGGACCGUAUUUUGAGGGAGAGCGGGAGUCCGGCGGAGAAUAUUAGCGACGAGAAGCUCCAUGAGGCGAGUGGAGAUAGUGCUGUAAGGGAGAAGGCUGCUUGAGGUGGGAGAAAGGGGCUGAUAUCUUGGCAUGUUGGGGC